GUCGUCCUCGUUCGGCGUUCUCUCCUCGGCGUUCUAUUGGCAUCCCUUGCGUGGCGAUGUCAACAACUCAGACAACAACAACAACGGUGAUGGUGACAACACAGCCAACAGCGCCCUCGAUGAACUCUCAUCAGAGCAACGCCUCCCCCCUCCCCCUCCCCAAACCGUCGUCAUCGCACAACGCCACCUCCCCCGACGGAGGCAGCACCUGCAGCAGCAGCGGGAGCAGCACCACCCACAAGGGGCACAACUUCAUCCCGAAGAAGGCCAUCCUUGGGCACAAGAGCAGCUCCUACAACCUUGGGAAGCUCCCCCCGCCGCGCAAGAGUCUCCUGACCCAGUGCAUCUACCUCCUCAGCAACCUGUUUGCGACGGUCGUCACCCUGAUGGCCUCGGUGAUGCUGCUCUUCGCGCUAUCGCACGCGGCGCACGUGCUCGAGGACGCCUCGACGUACCUGGCGGUGGUGUGCCCCGUGACGUCCUUUUUGCUCUUCUUCUCUCCGUUCGGUGUGGUCAAGACGGCCAUCAGCAAGAACUCGGCUGAGGCGCUGCCCGUGAAGCUGUUUGUGGUGCAGAGUCUGGCCAACCUGCUGGCCAUCGACUAUGGGCUGAAGGUGCAGAACCUUCCGGUCGUCGUCACUAACACCAUCGGUGAGAGGGAGGGGAGGUGACCGUGGCCGAAUCAUCGUGUAUGUGAUGUGUUUGGGAUGGCAGGUGUGUUGCUGCAAGUGACGUGGCUGUCGAGCCACCACUACAUCACCAGGAGGAACUCACGAUGGCACAGAUUCGCACUCUCUAUCGCCCUCGGUACGAUUACCCCGUCGCACCCUCACACCCUCCCCCUUUCCACCCCCGAAUACACACAUACAUGGAUGCCUGUCUGCAUCUUUUCCUCUCCGCGGUUGGUUGGGUCAGGUGUGGGUGUGGUAUUCUACAUGUGUUCGUUUGCGGACGAGAGGAUAGUCGGGGUGGGUGUGUUCGUCGCCAACUUCAUGCUCUUCGGCACACCUGUGCUGCAGCUGGUGAGCAGGGAGGAGAGAGGAAAGAAGAGCCGUUACAUGACGAAACACACACGAGGGUACGUCUGUGCGUCUUUCUUGUAGGGCGAGGUGUUGGCAACGCGCAAGUCCGACGGCAUCCCGUUCGCCAUCUCCCUUGCCAUGGUCAUCACCAACGCCUGCUGGAGUGUGUAUGGGCUGCUCGUCGAAGAUGUUGUCCUCUGGCUGCCAUCCGUUCUCGGUAGGCAGGGAAAAACCCUGCACACCACAUUCCUGACAUGGAUGGAUGGAUGGAUGUCAGGUUAUCUGCUGUCGGUGUUCCAGCUGCUGAUCAUAGCGUGGUGUCACUCGUACCUCCCGUUCGACAUCACGUUCCUUGCUCUCGUCUUCCCAUCGCCAAAGGACACAAGCGGCGACAAGACACCCAAACAAGUGCUCGUGAAGGCACUGCCGCCGGUACGUUCCACACACGGUCACCCAGCACACAGCCGGGCAGGCUUCCUCUCCUUGUCUCUCUCUCUCUCUCUCUCUGUGUGUGUGAGUGUGUGUGUGUGUGUGGUGUUCAGGCUACCAUGCUGAAGCGCUUUGCUGAGCACGAGAGGGAUCAGGUCAACGAGCCAUGAUGGGGGCAAGGAUGGAUGGAGGGAGGGAGGGGCGGCACGGCUGGAAGCCCACAUGCACUUCGUUCAUUCAUUCAUCCACUCGUUCAUUUGUUCUAAUGUACAUAUCAUCAUAUCGACCCACAAGCAGACAGACAGACACACAAGAUGGCAAUGUGAGAUUCCACUAGAUGCGACUGUCCCUUGGCUUUUUUCCUGCUUUGCUGUAUAGGCGAGAGAGGGAGGGAGAGAGAGGGAGAGAGAGAGAUGGCAUACGACUGCUUUUUCACUAUCAUGAUGACCACUACCUAUGGAUGGCUCCAUCCCUGUGUGUGUGUGUGUGUAUUUGGAUGGGCACAGAGACAGAGACAGGGGGGGGGGGGGGG